AUGGUCUCUUCAUACCCAAUAUACGAGAACACGAGCUCCAGGCUCGACCCCAUUUCUUUAGAUCCUAACUACCUUCCUGAGACUGAUGUACUCGAGAGAAAGAAGAAUCUGAACUCAUUCCUUGCAAGGCUGCCCGGUGACGAUUCCAUCUUCUUCAUUCGCUUGGCAUUGGGACAAUUGGCGGGUGCUCUGGAGGUGCCGCUUGCAGAGUCAGAUACCCGAUUGCCUUUGAUGGAGUGCAAGAUCUGGACAGGGACUGAGUGGAUCAUUCACUGGGGACGUCGGAUCUUCAAGGUCGUCGCCUCAAAAGAUCGCCCAGAAAAUACCAUUCCGAGACCUGGCCCCUUGAGUCGUAAUAUCCCCAAGCAAAGCGUUGAGAGAUGGGAGUUUUAG